GGCGCUAGUCUCGCGGAUAUAGUAUGAGCGCUGAGUGACAGGCGCGCGCGUGACGUCGCAUUGAGGGCAGCACGGCCGUGUUUUUACGCUCCCAACUCCUCGUUUCGUGGAAUGACCCAGCCCGCUAAGAAGAAGAGGGAUUGAGGUUGACUGCAGCUGAAGACGCUGAAGUUUAUCGGUUUUAUUCGGGCGGGUGUGUGAAGUGCUGAGGAGUCUGGUGAAGAGACCCUGCCAUGCGUGAAUACAAGCUUGUGGUGCUCGGAUCUGGUGGUGUGGGCAAAUCAGCCCUGACGGUCCAGUUUGUACAGGGAAUUUUCGUUGAAAAAUAUGACCCCACAAUAGAAGACUCAUAUAGAAAGCAAGUGGAGGUGGAUGGCCAGCAGUGCAUGUUAGAGAUCCUGGACACAGCAGGAACAGAACAGUUCACUGCCAUGAGGGACCUGUACAUGAAAAACGGUCAGGGCUUUGCUCUUGUGUACUCCAUCACAGCACAGUCCACAUUUAAUGACCUGCAGGAUUUACGAGAGCAGAUUCUACGAGUAAAGGACACAGAGGAUGUACCAAUGAUUCUGGUGGGUAAUAAGUGUGAUCUGGAGGACGAGAGGGUGGUGGGGAAGGAACAGGGUCAGAAUCUGGCCCGACAGUGGAACAACUGUGCCUUUCUAGAGUCCUCUGCAAAAUCAAAGAUCAAUGUCCUCGAUAUCUUCUAUGACUUGGUCAGACAGAUUAACAGGAAAACGCCAGUGGAAAAGAAGAAAGCAAAAAAGAAAUCCAACUGUGUCCUACUGUAGAUACCAUCCCAGCAGCAGCUCUGAGCCAGAAUGCUGUAAUGAAGAACUGUUAGAUUGUUUGGAUCAUGCCAGCAUUCCCAUCCUCAGUGAGUGAAUCAGUGGAACAGCUGACUAACUCAAAAAGCACCGGACAUACCAAGCAAGAACAGCAGUCAAACAUUUCUAUAUUUGCCCUUCAUGUUGGCAGAAAAAUCUGAGGAAAAAAACUUCAGUAGAGCUGAGGACAACUCAACAUUUCCCCGACCCGCUACAUGGCUAAGAAUUUGAACCUCAUUAUUAACAUAGUAGUGAAAAUUAGCCUCCGAAAACUAAAAAAAACUAAAACAUUUUCAGUAGCUUAACCAAAUGAAGCUUAGGAGAUAAUAAAUACCUUGGGAUUCAUCAUCUGUCUUUCACUUCCUUUCAACACCAAAACUAACAUGUGCGCUGAAAAUCUCAUGGCAAUAUUUUAAAUCCUUCAAGUUUUUCUAAAAACCCAUGGAUACAUCUCUUCAGACCGUCAUGAACGAAACGAAGACAUGUUCCACCAAGAAGGAGAAAAUCACUGAAGUUGCACCACAAAUGUCUGUUUUUAAAUGAUUAAAAAAGCGUUUUCCUAUAAACUCUUGAACUCAGUGAUUUCUAAUGGCCCCAUCAUCUAUUGAGAAGGCAGAAAGAGAAAUCAGAGUUGAACGUUAAUUUUCGCAUAACGUUCAAGGACAUGAAGGAUGACAACAAACAAUAUCCAGUUAUCGGUGAACAGAAUGACCAUCUUUACGUGUAGAUGUUGUAAAUGAAGUUAAUCAUAACUUGUACUUCCAUUCUUGAUACAAUGUUUAAAUGUAUAUAAAUAUUGUUUUGCUGACAAUUAUGGACAUGUUCAACAACACAUACUGCCCCCUUCCCCAAUGUGAUUUUAUUUUGUAUGCAGUCACUUGGUUUUCCUAGCUCAUAUAUCAUAAUCUAAUUCAUUCUGUUUCAUAAAGACAGUUUCAUAAAGCAGGUCUUUUAUAGUGUAAAAAGUGUGGGGAGAGCGACCGAUUUCUGUCUCUUGACACUGAAAUAUAUUGUACUAAACCAACUAUUUCCUCAUGUGUUUUUUCUGUCAAAAUAUGUUCUGGCUUUUAAGAUUAUUAAA